AACUAACCAAAAAAAUUGUUGAUUUGGUCUAUAAAAAAAUAGAUAGGUUAUAACAAUUCUAAUCAAUACAUUUUGUAUGGCAUUUUUAUCCGAUUUUAUAACGGUUUCCUGAUAAUACGAUUAGUUUCGCUACAAUGAACAAACCGACUGCAUGUAAAGUUGCUCACCUAAGAUAUUCUGAAAAAUCUAAUCAGUGUGAUUUACGGUUUACAUUGGAAGUUAAAGAUGAAAAAUAUGGUACAUUAUGUGAAGAGAUUAAGUCAGUCCGUCAGAUAACCGACACGGUAGCGUCUUUGCUACGCCACACAAAGAAUAAGAUUAUAAAAUUAUUACAAGAUAAAGAAUGGGAUAUUGAAAAGUACGAAGAUUUUAACAUAUCUUUAACACGCAAAUCCAUACCUAUUCAAGAUGAGGUUUGUUGCAAAGACAUUUUUCAAUAUAAACAUAUGUAUUUUAAUAUCAUGAAUAAUAGAUUUUUGGUGAUUGUUAACGCACCAUUAAUUAUUUCGUUAACGUUACCAAAAGUGAUAUACAUUCACACUGUCGUAAGACCAAUCAUAAAAGCUAUGUUUUUGCAUAAAAAGAGAAGCACAAUUAUGUGGCAAAAAUCUAAGGAUAAGAAAAAAUGGACCUUUGUUUCAUCAAAUUUUCUUUAUACCGCUCGAAAAGAGGACAGUGAUUAUUAUUUCAAAGUCACUUAUACUCCAAGCAAUGAAGAUGGAGUUCUCGGCGACGUUGUUGAAGUUAUUAGUGAUGAUGUUGUUUGCACAAUACCACCAUUAAGUGUAGAAUAUAUUAGUGCUAGACAUCAAUUUACCAAAGAGAAAUUAAGUAAUAAUGAAUUUCGAGUUGUUUCUUAUAAUAUAUUAGCAGAUCAGUAUACAAGAGAUGGUCAAUUUGAGUAUGUGGACUGCAAAUAUUUAUCUUCACAAUAUAGGUGGAGAUUAUCUAUGAAUGAGUUACUAGGUUACAAUGCAGAUAUAAUUUGUCUUCAAGAAAUUGAAUACAGUUCUUUCCAUGAAUUUUACAAAGGUCAUCUAACAAGUUGUGGAUUUACACCAGCUUUUUACAAAAAAGGUCGCAUUUUAAACGAAGGGUUAGGUUUUAUGUUUGAUAGAUCACGAUUUCAGCGUAUAGAAGUCAAACACAUCGUAUUAGCACAGCAAUUAAAAGAAAAUGGAAAUUGUUCGGAUAUUUAUUCAGUUAUAAAACGAAACAAAGAUUUAAAAGAGGGUGUGUUAAAGCAACAUACAUCGUUGUUGUUGGCUGCUUUGCAAUGUAAAAAUACAAAGACUGUUUUGGUUGUGGCAAACACCCAUUUAUUUUAUCAUAGCGAGGCUGGAGAUAUACGCCUUGUACAAGCUGUAAUAGCUAAUAAAUGUAUUCAAAAAUUUUGUAACGACGUUAAAAGUAUAUGUAAUGGAAGUAAAAUAGCUGUGAUAUUUUGUGGUGAUUUUAAUAGCCUUCCAGAAAGUGGUGUUUAUAAUUAUAUGAUUAAUGAUAUUUCGAAAUGUAAUAAAGAAUUAGAACAAAUUGGCUGUAAUACAAAUUUCCUAAAGAAAAAUUUAAUUUAUGGGAGCGCCUAUGAAACACCACCUUUCACAAAUUACACGGACAAUUUUAAAGGUUGUUUGGAUUAUAUUUUUUAUGAAAAAGAUGCGAUGGAAUUAACGAAAAUUGUGCCAUUACCAACAGAAGACGAAAUGUCUGUCAAUGUUGCCUUACCAAAUCAAUAUUUCCCUUCAGACCAUGUUGCACUUAUAGCUGAUUUUAAAUUAUUAUAACAUUAAUUUAUUUAUAAUAACCAAUAAUACCUAUAUAUUAGGUUCCUGAAUUGUCUCAACACUAAUUACUUAUUAAAAUUGUUUGAUUCCAUCCUUUAUUUAAUGUUUUGUGAAAGUUGUUUUAACUAAAAAUAUGUAAUUUUGUUGCAAAAAUGUGUAUAGGAUAUCCAGGAACUUAAUAAACUUUAUUAUUUGUAUUUUUCCUAAUAAUUAUAAUAAAUUUACAUUAUUUAAUCAUGA